GUCACAUAUAUUUUUGUCAACAUUUCCGUUCCUUUUUAAUUAUUACAUGGAUGUCUAGAAGCCGAAUAGUCUUGUUAACUUUUUAAAUAAUAAAUUUAUAUAUUUUACUGUAUCCCAUAUUCGUCUUCAUUGUUUUUGUGCAUGUCAUAAAAAUCCAUACUGCUAACUACCUGGUAUAAAGUAAUGAAGUGUGACAUGAAGAAAAACCUUCGUUCCUUAAGAUAUUCAAUUUACCUUAAUUGAAUCGUAUCAAGUUCAGGUGUUAUCAAUUUCUUGCAUUUUGCAGAACAAGCAAGUCAGUUGUUUUCUAACCAUUCGGCUGCAAGGUUAGGAUUGGUGUCCAGAAGUAGAAUGAAAACAGGGCAUAGCUGCAUGGCUAAGACUACUCGACCCAGAGCAAGGAUGGACUGGUAUUGUAAGCACCUUCAGAGAAAUUCCUACAUCCUGAGCUACAACAAAAAGGGCUCUUACAUCACAAAAAAUAAAAAAUGGGAUCUUAUUAAACGACUGACCAAAAAAUUACACUCAGAAGAUGAACUACCUGGAAUUAAAGUUCCUGAAGAAGCAAGAUGUUCAGACUCUGCUGUUAAAUUUCUUCCUAGACAAGACGUAAUGUUAUAUGGCAUGAUUCCAGCCCGAGAACAAAGACUAUACAGCACUUGCAGAAACUGUAGCAGGGUUUUUAAUCCACUUGACACUUUAACACAUAGAAAUUGUACAAAAUCCCAUGCACCCCAUUCGGUGCUGCUAAAAAAGAAAGUGAAAAGCAAAAACGGAAACAGCAAGAGUCUAAGUUCAAAUGGUAGUCCUAGUUCUCAUUCAUCAAAUAGCACUAGUCCUGUUCUACCCAGCCCAUCCAGUUUGCUAAAAGAACCAGUAAAAGACUUCGAAUUUAAGAGACCUUACACUCCGCCGCUCAAGAAGGUUCGGAAGCCGAUUCGUCAGAGCAAAACCUUCUUGUAUACUACUAAAACAUCUAAAUCGGGAUCAGUAACUACGUCUGGAAGUACACGACAUUUAACUACCUCGAGCGACAAGUCAGAUAGUAAAGUGUCAUCUAAAAUGUCCUCAAGCCAUCAUAAUCCGAGUAGCUCGUCGUCCAGGCACCAUAGUUCGAAGUCGUCACCUAGUCAUAACUCAGAUGAUGUAUUCCGUUCUGGAAAACUAGCUGUUACAGUAGUUGCGACCUCGGUGAAGUCAACGCCAAUGGACACACUGCCUCCAAGUUCCUCUUCACAUCAUUAUCAUCAUCACCGUUCAUCAAGCAGCUCUAGCAGGCACCGGAAAUCUUCUUCCGAUUCUUCGAAACGAAGCAGUAGCAGCAGUAGCAGUAGCAACAGCGCUGGUUCUACAUCCAGCAGCAGCAGUAGUUCAUCUAGCAGUUCCAAAAGUUUGCCAAAGGAUUACGACGCUGAGCUGCACUGUGGAUCUUCUGAGCACAGUAGAAGCACGGGUGUGAGAUCAGUGACUUCUUCUAACCACAGGCUUCAACUUCGCAAACAGGUGUCUGGACGCAGUAAAGACAUUCAUCAAAUGAGUCCUGAAAAGAAGGCCGCGAAAGAGAACGAUAUGAAGCACACAACACCUACUUGUUCCUAUUCGUCCCCAAACGGGGAAGCAAAAGAUAUACUAGCUGCAAAUAUCACUUACGUUCCCAUUGCGGGCCAACUUGUAAGCACUAAUGCUUCAGACACUAAUUCCUUUGUACAUCUGGUGCCCAAGUUUUCAAAUCAUCAGUCGAGACAUUCAACUACCUCUGUACUAUCAAAGAAGUUAAGCUCUGGAAAAGAAGAAAAAGAAUCUGCUAAAGGUGUGACUAAUGGAUACAUAGCUCAUACAAAAAACUUAGAAAAUACUCAAGAUAAUCCAGUUGGAACUGACCCCGUGCUUAUUAUGCCAGCAAGUCCUGUGUCUGUUGUUAGUUCAGUGCAGCUUUUGGAAAUCGGUAAUAAUAUAAUGUCGUUGGAGUCACCACAGUCUGCGUCAAAUCCACCAAUUAGGAAGCGGAUGGUCUUGCCAGUUUCUAGCACACACACCAGAGCUAUUCGAAUGUAUAAGUCGCACCCUAAGCCAACAGUUUUUCCAAAUUUUGGAGCACGAAGACUAGGAGGUGCUAUCUUGUUAUCCAAUCCUCUAAUUGAAGAUCAGCGAAACGAUUUAUUAUCGGUAAUAAAUGGUAAUAGCAAAGGAAUAGUUCCAGAUGUAAAUGGCUUUAUUUUACAUGCUGAUGUCAGUCAGGCUGUUGAAGCCCAAAAGUUCUCUGUGGAAAAUAGCUCUUCGCAGCAUAAAUUUAUCAUUAGUUUAAUAAAAAAACAUAACUUUUAAUUUGGCUAUUUUGGUGGGAACUACAGUUUGUAAACAAUCUCGUUGUUAUGGGCUGCCAAGUAACAUACCAAGACUGUAUCUGAAUUAAUGGUAGCUACCAACAAUACUGGGCUUGAAGUUUACUAUUAAAUAUAGUGUUCUGAAUGUAUUCUGACUGUCUCAAACAAAAUGUGCACGUAAUUAUAUAAAUGUUGACUUAAGUAAAACAGGCAUUGAUUUGCUAUGGAUAGAACUAUAAUUGUUUGAAUUGAUGAAAAAUACUUUGCCGAGAUGAUCCAAUAAUUAUAUGUAAUCUCUCAUGCUGGGAUGCUAAAUUUUUGCAGCAAUUGUGCAAACGUGAUAUUUUUAGUUUCCAACAAAUAGUUUAAUUCUGUAGUUACCCAUUAGAAGUUUUUACAUGAUAUAUUUCUACAGUU